AACUCAGAAAUUAAGAUAUUUACAUUAGUGAGGUGAUAGAGCCAAAUUAAGUCUGGUUUAUUUUUGGCAACAUUUUGUUAUUGGUGAUUUUUGGUUAACCGUUUAAGAGGUUCUCGACAUUACAUAAAUGAAUACAUUACAUACCAUGUUUUGGCCUUAAUCCUAAUUUAGCUUUGGAUAAUUAACUUCAUUACGUUAGGCAAGUGGGACGUAGAGAUUACGGAAUUGUUUACCAAAAAUUAGGUAGAUUGUCACUGGUUGGAAAGAAAGUUGGGGUAUUAUUAUAAGAGAUUACAUCAAGAUUUGGAACCUUUAUUACUCAAGUUCGUUGAAAGAAGAUUUGUUUUCUUUUACAUUCUGUAAACAAACAUGAAAGUCAUCAUUUUCUGCCUGAGAGGAUCCGUCGUGGUGUGUCAAAGUUAUAGCUAGUCUUACAUCGUCUGUGAUUAUUAUACAUAAAUACUGGCGGAUUUUCCCAUAAGAGUGUUUUAAGAAUUUGUACUUCCGGCCAACCAUCACGGAAGGCGUCUACACUGAUUUGUUUGCCAUCAGUGAGAAAUGAAAUGUUAGUGUUAAAUUUUCCACGGUUAUUUUCAAAGAAACGCUGCAUUCGAUAACGAUUGAGUAUGUAGCUUUCCGAAAGAGUUACAAGGAAAGAAUUAUCAUAAUGUCGACCAAGAGCUUCAAGAAGGAAAGCUUUGUGUAGGAGAUUAAGUUUGGCUCAAUCCAUACAGUAUGGCCGAAGAGGAAGUGCUCUUUGACGAUGUCUACGCGCUUUGUGAAGUAAUUGGAAAGGGACCUUAUAGCGUCGUAAGACGUUGCAUCCACAGACAGACAGGAUGCCAGUAUGCUGUGAAAAUUGUCGACGUGGCCCGAUUUACGUCAAGUCCUGGAUUUUCGACAGAAGAUCUAAAACGGGAAGCCACCACUUGCCACCUGCUCAAACACCCCCAUAUAGUCGAGCUUCUUGAGACAUACUCCAGUAAUUACUCUUCCGAUGGACUUCUAUACAUGGUUUUUGAAUUCAUGGAUGGAAUGGACAUUUGUUAUGAAAUCGUGUCUCGAGUUUCGGCCGGUUUUGCAUACAGCGAAGCUGUUGCAAGCCACUACAUGAGACAAAUUUUAGAAGCUUUAAAGUACUGUCAUGAGAAUGAUAUCAUCCACAGGGACAUCAAACCUCAUUGUGUCCUUUUGUCUUCGAAAGAAAAUUCAGCGCCUGUAAAGUUGGGAGGAUUUGGACUAGCCAUUCAACUUAGUCCUGACCCUGCGAAACAAAGGAUUAGAUCAGGUCGAGUUGGAACUCCAGGUUUCAUGUCUCCUGAAGUAGUCUCCAGAGAACCUUAUGGGAAACCUGCGGAUAUUUGGUCUGCCGGGAUUUUGUUGCAUUUGUUGAUUAGCGGUACUCUCCCUUUUCUUGGAACUAAGGAUAGAUUGUACAAUCAAAUUCUGGAACCUCACGUCGACCUAGACGGCUCCUUGUGGGAGAAUCAUAGCCCCGACGUCAAAGACCUUAUUAGAAAUAUGCUUCACUUAAAUCCAGACAAACGACUGACGAUACAGGACGUAUUAAGUCAUCCAUGGCUUAAAGAUCGUGAAAAGUGUCCUAGAAUGCAUUUGACCGAAGUUGUUCAAACUAUGAAGGCUUUCAAUGCAAGACGCAAAUUAAAAGGUGCCAUACUUAACGCAGUAAGUUCUCCGCAUUGGAGUUCUGAGCCUUACGACGCUGGAGGAAAUGACCAAUGUACCACUGAUGCUGUGUCGUUGAUAAUCGAUGCUCUCGAAGAUAUGCAAUUACUUAUAAGCACAAAAGACUCUAAACUGACACCUGGAAUUCUGCUUGACACAAAACUUAUGAAAAUUUUGCAAAUCUUUGAUGUAAUAUCCUCUGGAAACCUAUCUUGUGGGAAAAUUCCUUUGCCAGAUGUCGUGGAUACGUGCCGAGAUGUGCUGGACAUUGUCCUAGAUUGUUUAGAGUCGAGAGAAACUUCGAAUCGGCUCACUCAACUGGAGCAACUUCGCUUUGUUCUUUCGCAACCUCAUUUCCAGGGUCUGCUUCAAGCACAUGACGUAGCGGUGCACGAAGUUUAUGGUGAGGAUGCCGUCAGAGUCACCCCACCCGCCCUGUACCCUUACCUUAACGGGGUUAGCGAAGAUCAAGAAAGUGAUUUGGAACAGCAAGCUCAAGUGACGAGGGUACGUCUCGUCCAAUUCCAAAAGAACUCGGAUGAGCCGAUGGGAAUCACUUUACGACUGACUGAAGAUGGACGUGUUCUCGUCGCGAGGAUACUUCACGGUGGAAUGAUUCAUCGCCAAGCCACGCUCCAUGUUGGAGAUGAGAUUAGAGAAAUUAAUGGAUGUCCAGUGUACAAUCAAACUGUUGAUCAGUUGCAGACUAUGCUGAGAGACGCCCGUGGAUCGGUCACUUUCAAAAUAGUUCCGUCGUACAGGAGUAAUCCACCGCCAUGUGAGCUAUUCCGGACUCGUAACGUCCCAACUUCAUCCGUGUUAUUCCGCCGAAACCCCGAACCAGUUUUAAUUUUUGUGCGAGCCCUGUUCGACUACGACCCAUUGGAUGAUGACCUGAUCCCUUGUGCACAAGCUGGAAUUUCUUUCAAAAUUGGAGACAUAUUGCAAGUUAUUUCCAAGGAUGACCCCCACUGGUGGCAAGCGAGAUUGGACACGCCAGUCAUGACACUUUUAGCCACAUCGGCCUCAUCGACAUCCUCCACAUCUUCAGGUGCUUCGCUUGGUCACACGGCUGGGCUAAUACCUUCACCUGAGUUGCAGGAGAAAAGAACAAUUCAAGCUGCCAGCGGAAAAUCGGGUGGUGGUGGAACACUUGGAAAAAAUAAGCAUUCUAGUAAUAACGGGGUAAACAGUUUAUUAAAUUUCGACCCCAGUGGAAGCAACGGUGAUGAUAAAAUUAGUUGCAGCCUUUUCGGGAAAAAGAAAAAGCAAGAUAAGAAGGAUAAGUAUUCUGCCAAGCACAAUGCGAUUUUCGAUUCGCUCGAGUUAAGCACGUACGAAGAAGUAGUUCGCCUACCAUCCUUUCGUAGAAAAAGUUUGGUACUACUCGGGGCACAUGGAGUGGGAAGAAGACACAUCAAAAAUUGUCUGAUUUCUCGACAUCCCGACUUAUACGCGUACCCAAUUCCUCACACGACGAGACCCCCGAGACCAGAUGAGGAGGAUGGGAGAAACUACUAUUUUGUAACUCAUCAGAAAAUGAUGAAUGAUAUUGCAGCUAAUGAGUACCUUGAGUAUGGCACACAUGAUGAAGCAAUGUAUGGCACAAAAUUAGCGACGAUUCGACGGAUUCACUCUGAAGGACUGAUAGCUAUAUUAGAUGUUGAACCUCAGGCACUGAAAAUUCUGCGCUGCUCCGAAUUUGCUCCCUUUGUCGUCUUUAUUGCUGCCCCUGCGCUCAAUACUGUUGCAGAUUUUGAUGGAAGUUUAGAACGAUUGGUGAGAGAGUCAGAGAUGCUGCGAAAAGCCUACGGCCAUUUGUUUGACAUGGUCAUCGUGAAUAAUGACAUUGAAGAAACUAUUUCAAUUUUGGAAACCACAAUGGAGAAAAUUCACACUCAAGCACAAUGGGUACCUGUUUCUUGGGUAUAUUGACCAAAUGUGCUUCUGAGAGAAUGAUAAUCCACCAAGCCAAUAGGAAUGCCACGACAAUGACGUUUAAUUUGUUUCAUCGCUUCGGAUUUCAUCAAUUAUUGUGGUUGAAAAAAAUUUCCUUGAUAGUCUUCUCAUCUCAUCACCACUCCUCCUGGUCCUCCUGACUCUACUUAUAUAUGUACACACAUUAUCCAUAUGUACAACCUCCACUCCACCUCAUCACAAACCCUUCUUGUUACCUCUCCCACCCGGCGUAUGUGUAAAGAAAUUUCAAAUAUGAAAACCAUUUUUCACAUGCGAAAUUUCGUCUUUAUUGACACGAGACCAGGGUUGUCGUUCGAUUUUCUUACAGAAUGAGUUUUUAAUACAAAAAAUCUCCGUUUAGACAAGAAUUGGAAAAUUUUAAAGCGUAGAGUGUAGAAUGGCUGAUCACGAAUCGAGCAUAUUCGACUUAUUUGAAUACUUAGUAUUUGAAGCAGCAACAGCGUGAUGAACCAUAUUUAACGUACUACUUGUUAAAACUAUAUAGUAAUUCUACCAUUUCUAUUGCAAUUACACAAUUAACUACUAACUACUACUAUUACACUUUGACAAUUAACGUAUUAACAGAGUUAACAUUUACUACUUACAUCGCAGUUACAAAUUCAGAAAAUUAUAUAUUUGAUGCCAUGCUGUUAGAAAUUGGAUAAAUCAUUAUUGAAAUGAGUUAUUCAAGAAGCAGAAAGAAGUAAGAAGUUUGACUUAACCAACAACACCAAAAAAUUAAAAGGACGGGUCAUUUUAUAUCCAAUUUAAUAUACUAUAAUAUCCUCCAGUAGCUGUUUACAUAUAACCCUGAACUCUGAAGAAGGAAGGAACUCUUAUUCGGUGACUCUCCUCCAUCAUUCCAUGAGAUCUACACAAAGAAAAAAACUACAUUUUUAUCUUUUAUUUUUUGAUGGUGUCAGUCAGAGGUACGUAGGUGUUGUUUGUUUAAAAUGUGGCGAUUGAUUAUAAUAACGUUUAAACUUCAUGCUCAACAUAAGUCAUUAUAUAUUAGUUUAAUUAAGAAGAAGAAGGGAAAUGGUGACCUAUAAGGAUUAAACGAAAAAGAUUAAUAGGCAAAUAAUCGAAACAUUUUGACCUACUAAUUAAAAAACGAACAUGCUGCAACAAUAAUUAAUAUCAAUAGUCUCAUACUCGCAUGAGUGUCUAUUGAAAUAUGUUUUGACAUUUUUGACAUAGCCUACACAACAUAUAAUUAUGUAAUAACAAAUUAUACAAAUACAUACUUCAACCUAAAUUAAAAUGACAUGAUUGGUUAAAAAACUUAGUUAAUUAUACACUUUUACUAUACCCCUCUCUUACUCGUUGUUACUUUAUUGAAAAAAACUCUAAAAAACCAAAUACCUAAGUCGGAAAAAAUUAUGUAAUCUUACAAAAAACAUUGAUUCCACUACCAACUAUGCCACACCUCCAUUCCUGAAAUUCCGUGAAAUCAUAAUGUACAACAUCUGAAAUGAAAUGAGAUGCACAAUUUGAGCUCUAUAAAUCUACGUUCUGUUAAAAUAUUCCUUUUUAAUAUUCUUUGAUGUAAAUGUACAUUAAUUUCUAUGAAAUUUUGUUUGCUAAUUUCAAUCUUAAUUAAAGUUGCAGACGUGUUUCCCUUUUAUCAACAAAAUGAAACACCACCUUCCAUCAAGUUUUGAAUAUCGAAUGCGUAGUAAGUUGCUUAAUCAAGUCCAAAGAUUACUUUAAUGAUAAUGUGUAUGCCUUAUAAUAGUGAAGCUAGUCGAUAAUUUGAUUCAAUUUGGAGUGGCAAUUUUUAUUAUAUUUAUAGUGACUGAUGCAAAUUAUAUGUUCCUAAUGAAGGUCAUUAUUUUCAUUGUCAUUAUAGCUGAUUUAAUACAUGUUUGCAAUCAAAAUAUUUUAUACAUGUUGUUAUAUCUUUAUGUUGCCCAUAACUUAGCAAAUCCACAGUAUUACGUACACUUAAUUUUUAGAAAAGCCCAAGAAAACUACCAAUACCAAAAUGCAAAAGUGAAACAAAUGGCUAUAUUAGUUAAGUUGGAUUAUUUUAGUUAAUAUACUUAUUUAAAAGUUUGGUUUUAGCUAAAUUCACUAAUUUGCCGAAAAGGAUGCCGAGAAAGGAGUGUUAGUGUAUAAUGUAAUAACUAAUUAUACUUUUCCGUUUCAUGGAACCGAUGAAUUUACUCAAUUCAAAAUAAAACGAAUAACAAAAACCAAAACUUGUGGUGGUGGAAGAAAGAAAACAUAGUAAUAAUAAACUAACUCUAGAUUUAAGCAUUAUUGUAAUCUAAAGUCUACUCUGUAUAUGAUGUGUCUGUAUAAGAGACAAAACUGGUAAAGUUAUUAUAUGAAGCACAUUUUAAGAGAGAUUUUGAAAUUACUGCAAUUAAUAUUACAAUAUGGAGACUCAAUAAACAGGAAAUCUUUUUUGUAGAUGCUAAAAAUGA